AUGAAUGGGAAGGAAACAUACCCGAAUAAUAUCCCUAGUAUUGCUGAGACGAUUGAACCUGGUAUCACGAUCCCGAUAUAUGAUGACACUGCUAGUACACUGACACCAACUGAUCAAUCACCACAAAAGUUAGGCUCGUAUAGAUCGAAAGCUGGAAGAUUCUCGAAUAAGUUUAGCAAUAUUCUGCCGUCUAUUAGUGCGAAGCUGCAUCAUUCUUCGAAAAAGACUUUACCUCAGGACAAAGAGAAUCAUUUAAACGCUGGAAGUAGUGACACAUCCGUUUCUUCAUUAAGUACAAGACAUGCAUCAGCAAACAAUGCAGAUUCGUUGAAUAAAGAGAAAGCGAAUGUUAUUCCAAUGACUGGUGUACCUUAUGGUGCUGGAAUAAGAUUAUCUAACGAACAUGAUGAUAGAUUGGUUCAGUUUCCUUCUGCUUCACCUUCUAAAAAUGGUCCCAUCUCAUCUUCUCAUAAGCAUAGCACAUCCUCGAAUAACAACAAUAAUGUCUCUGUGAAUACAACUAAUGAUCAAUUGCAAAAACAAUUAUCAAGGACAAGAAAUAAUACUCUAGCUUCCCAAUAUACAUCUUUAUCUCUGCAUCCAUAUAAUUCAGCAGGUACAGGUAAUUUAUGGCCUACUUCCAGUGCAACAAGUAACGUUCAAAAUCAAUAUCAUCAACACAAUAGUAGUUACGAUUUGAAUAUGAAUAUUAAUUCUCAAAAUACAGCUUUAACUCCUUCAUUUGAUUAUGGUUAUGGCUCCUCUUCAUAUUUUAAUGUUCCAUUAAUGAAAUCAAGCACAAAUUACGAUCCUUAUGACUCUUCAAAUAAUAAUACCCAUAACAUUAUAGGUAGUAACCUAAAUAAUAAUAGUAAUAACAACAAUAAUAACAAUAAUAAUACUAACAACGCAUUAGGUGGUCAAGGCGAUCCAUCAAUUUGGUCACCAGAUGCCGUAGCAAGAAAAAGAUCCCAAUCUAUGGCGACCCAAGUUCAUCCAGAGGCAUAUUAUGUUCAACAACCGUUACCUGGUGUGAUUCAAAAUUCUGAAGCAACCAAACAUCUAAAUAUUGAUCAAAUACAAUUUCCUUUUGAUAAGAUGGAUCAAUUCCAAUAUAAUAAAAAUUAUAGAAACCCAUUACAAGAAAUUCCUUUAACAUCAUCUCCUUUAUUAAUGGAUGAUAUUGAUCCUAGAUCAAUCAGUUGGGUGACAACUAAUAGUAUAGUACCCCCAAUCAAUCAGAUUAAUUCGUUAUUACCAACUAACGCCAUUGCAUUAACCAACAUAUACCCUCUACAACAGACUGAACCUCAAUAUAUCAACACAGUGAAUUUGACUAGUACUUCUCUUGCAUCUAUUUGUAUGAAAUUUGGUAAUGUUAUAUCUGUACGGACUAUAAGAGACCUAAACAUAGCUUUAGUGGAAUUCGAUUCUAUCGAUAUCGCAAGAAAUGCAUUGGAAUCACUUCAAGGAAAAGAUAUCUCUAUUCUAGGAUAUUCUUCAAGUAUUUCAUAUGCUAAGAUAUUACCCCUUUAUCAUCAAGCUCAACCAAACAAAGGACCAAAUGCGGCUCGUAGUUUACUCCAAGAACAAUUGGUUAAUGGUUCCAUAGUAUUCCAUCAACAAGGUUCAACACAGAUACCAAUACUUCGCAGUCAGCUCAAUGAAAAUAAAACGAUGCUUCCACAGAAAAUCCAACAGCAACAGCAACAACAACAACAACAGCAGCAACAGCAGCAGCAGCAACAUACUGUUAUGUUACAAAACAUGUCUAACAAUACAAAUAGUACUCAGAUUACAUUACCUGUUGAAAAUGAGAAAUGCCCCUUCUCAUUACCUCCACCAACCAUACAAGUACAAAAUGACUUACUAAAAACUAUUAUAAACGACUUCAAAGUCCCACAUGACCAAGGGAAAACAUCUCAUAUUUUGAUAAGAGCGUUAAAUAUUAAGGAAACUGUUGACCUAUCUGAUUUUGGUCCAACACCUGAACCAUUAACCUCGCGUCAAUUUCAGACUCCAAAAUUACGUGAAAUUCGUAAAGCUAUUGAUUCAAAUUCAUUAAGUGAUGUUGAGAUUGAACAAUUAGGUAUGGCCAUGUUAGAUGAGUUACCAGAAUUAAGUUUUGAUUAUCUAGGUAAUACUAUUGUUCAAAAGAUAUACGAUAGAUCAAAUGAUAUCAUAAGAGAUAUUAUCUUGAGAAAGAUAUCCAAAUAUUUGACUUCGUUAGGUAUUCAUAAGAGUGGUACGUGGGUAUGUCAAAAGAUGAUCAAAUUAGCUCAUAAUCCAAGAGCUCUUUGGUUAGUUACUGAAGGUAUCAAGGAUUACUGCACCGCAUUAUUUAAUGAUCAAUUUGGUAAUUAUGUUAUUCAAGAGGUACUUAAAUUUGGUGUUCCAUGGAAUAAUUUUAUAUUUGAAAGUAUUCUAGGUAAUUUCUGGACCAUUUGUAGGAAUAAAUAUGGUGCAAGAGCUAUUAGAGCAUGUUUGGAAGCCACAGCAAUAAUCACUACGGAACAAACAUUAAUAAUUAGUUCAAUGAUUGUUGCAUAUGGUGAAUAUUUAAUUACAGAUAAUAAUGGUACAUUAUUAAUAACAUGGUUAUUAGAUACAUGUCAAUUUGAUGAAAAAUAUGUUGCUUUAACUCACAAGAUUGUUAGUAAUAUUGCAACAUUGUGUUGUCAUAAGCUUGGUUCUUUAACCGUAUUGAAAAUAUUAAACUCUAGAGGCAAUGAAUCAUGUCGAACAUUGAUAUUAGAUGAAAUCUUUGGAGAUAAUAUUAAAGAUGGAAAUAACCGUGAUCUAGUAUUGAUUAAAAUAUUAAGUGAUUCAUCAUACGGGCCAACUUUUAUGCAUAAGUUAUUAACUUCAAGAUUAUUAGAUGAUGAUAUUAGAGUCACUGUGGUUGAAAGAAUUCGUAAUGUUAUUCUGGAGAAUAAUAUAUCACAACAAAAUCAUAAAUUAAUGGAAGAAGUUGGAUUAGUUUCAGUAAAUACCACAAAUAAUAACAACAACAACAACAACAGUAACACAGAAAGAUCACCAAUGAAACAUAAUAGAAAUUCCGGGUUACAACAUAUUGCAUACAACCAAGGAUUAAAUGAUGUAUCAUCAAGAAGAAUGAGAGGUUUAUCUGCAUCAAGUGUACGUAGCAACAAUGGACUUCCGGGGAUCAAUAUUCAACCAAUGACACCAGUUGCUAUGAAUACUACUAACAAUAAUAUGGGACCAUAUAAUGGGAAUAAUAACCAGAAUGUAAAUGUUAAUGAUGAAACAUAUCUACAAUAUGAUGGAAAUAAUAACAACAAUAACUUAUCUAUUCCAUUUAACGAAUUAUCAUUGAAUCGUACAAUUAGUAGUGAUACUGGAGAUAAUAAUAUUAAUAACAACAACAGCGGUUCAAGAUUGAAUAGUUAUGGUUUUUAG